CGUACGCCGCUCAUUAAGAAAUUUUGAACCACAUAUACCGGCGAUAUUUGUUCCCUAAAAAGUUUGUCAUUGGUCGGUGGGAACGGUGACGUUUAACAACGGAGCGUCGCCAUUGGGCGUUUUUCUCGUGACGUUGGCGGUGUUGGAGUAUGGCCGCCGUGGACAUGUGCGGCGAUGGUGGGGGACGGAAAUCGCAGUGCGGAAUUUAUUGUUGAAGUUUGGUGAUCGUAGUCGUCGCGUGUUCCCGGCCAUCGGUGGUGUUUUCCCACGACGAGGACACACCGAGUUCGGAUCGUCACGGCUCACCGUACCCGCAUUGGCGUCCGCAAGCUCUAGGCCUAGCCCUCGUUUUCGGCACCUUUACUUUUUUUGUUCUUCUUUUCGGGACGUCUAGGGCUCGAGCGACUGAACACCGGUCUGCACCAUGGGACCGACGGACUUUCUCCAGAGGUGGCGGGGAGAAGGGCACCGGCGGAGUGGGGCACCUGCCUGAGGAAGGAUGGAGGAUGGCGACCCCGGAGGUCGCCACCCCGCAGAAGGCGCAGACAGCCGGCACCACCGCGAGUGCUCGCCGCGGCCUCCAUGGGACCCCGGAAAGCAGGGAUUUCCUGGGGAGAUGGGCUGUUCCUCGGUCACCCAUGGCUCCAGCUGCGGAUCGCUUUCUACACUGUCGGAGAACAGCAGCAGCCAAGCGGCGUCGGGAUCCACGCCCGUGACGGUGUCCGAGGGCCCGCUGCGGUGGGCGAGUGACCUGCGCAGCCUGCUGGUGGACCUCGAGGGCCUGCGCCUGUUUGAGCAGUUCCUCGAGCAGGAAGGUGCCCACAGGCUCGGCCUUUACUUUUGGUUUGCCUGCAACGGCCUUCGGUCCUGCCCCGAGCCGUCUGUCCAGCUGCAGUACAUGAAGAGCAUCUACCGGCACUACAUCCGCAACAGCAUGGUGGAGGUGUCGCCUCCGCUCCGGGCCAAGAUCACCGAGCACGUCAAGGAGGGCAUCGUGGACGUGUCACUGUUUGACCAGGCGCAGCGGGAGUUUGAGCAGUUCCUGCAGCGGUCGGCCUACCCCAAGUUCCUCCAGUCGGACCUCUACGUCGAGCGCGUUGAGAAGUGCCACGCUCUCGCGACCGCCACGGCAGAAGCGGCAGCGACACCGUCUGAGGGCACGGCGUCUCGGGGAGACGACGGACAGCACUGCGGUGGGAGCAGCGAAGAACCGAGCACAGCAGCGGCAAAUGCCUCUGGUGCAGCUGCUGCUGCGGUGGCAGCUGCAGAAUCGGGGCCACCGUCGGGCGAGGAAGACGGCUCGCUGCCGCCGGUGAUGCCGCCCAUGGGUCUCGAGAUCCUGCCCACCGUCAAGGAGGACGAAGAGCUGGCGAUGGAGGCGUCCCCUGCCCCGCUGACCCGGCGGAAUGUGUGGAAGCUGUACCGGUACGGCGAGCAGAUUCCGCGAAUGGUGGCCCGCAUGGCGUCGGACGCCACAUCAGCAGUCAGACCCAAGGCAAGCGGAGGAGGCAGCUCUUCCCUGGGUGUGCCGCACCCGUACCACGUCAACAACUCCUCCUUCGUGCCGCCCUCGGCUCAGGACAGCGAGCUGCACAGCCUGUCGUCGGGCGCCUACACGGACGACGCGGCCACCGAAGUGGACAGCGUGCCUCCGGCUGCGCCUUGCUCCGCCUCCGCGGCCAAGGAGAGCCUGUUUCAGCGCGCCACUCAUCGCAUGUCGGUCCGCAAGAAUGCCAACGUCAACAGGGACUCGCUGGGCGAGCACGUCAUCAUCCCUCGGACACAGAUGGAGCACCCGUACAGCCUGGCAGAGAAGAACCCAGAGAAGUUUGCCACCUCCAUCAUCGAGAAACUGCACGUGGUAAAGAAGCAGCUGGACUGCGGUGAAAGGCUGGAGCGCUUCCACCGGGCGCAGGCCGAGGACUUCCCCUCGGCACCACCUCGGGGACCCCCCAUGGUCGGUGCUGGGGUGGCCUCUGCCUCGUCCGGCGGAGGUGCUCCGGUUCCUGGCUCCGGUGCGACCUCGGGACCCGGAGCUGGCAACAACCCGGGCUUCUGCGAGCGUCUGCUGGGCAUACCGCCAGAGGAGGUCAGCUCACAGAGCAUCCUGGACGAGCACGUGUCACGCGUCUUCGACUCGCCCCUCUCACACACACCUCCACGUGCGCCUUCUCCGAGGCACCGCUUUGGACCGGCCAUGGCGUCACCGUAUGCAGUCCUGGGACACCAGCACUGGCACAAGAAGGAACGGGACGCCUGCUCCAGCGACAGUGGCGCAGUCCGCGACUAUUCGCCCGACGACGAUGCUGUCCACGGCAGCCGGAGGAGGGCCCAGGGAGGCUGCGCCACGUCUGGUGGGAAUGCUGCCUCCAGGAGGACCUUUCGGAGUGGGCCGCAGCCGUCGGACAGCGGUGUGGACAGUGGGGCCAGUGCUGUGUGCGAGCAGCCGCCGGUGAAUCAGGGGGCAACUGAGCGGGUGAACAACUGGAUCCUGAACCACAAGGUUCCCGGCUACCCGCUGGGACCCCCGGAUCCGGAGAAGGACUCCUCGCGGAGCCACAAGAAGUCCACCACCUCGGGCACCUCGUCGCGGUCCAAGCAGAACUCCGUCAACACGUCCCGAAGCCGUUCGUGCGGCGUGGCUCCUGGCUGCGGCUCUCUCCCGGGCUCCGGCUGGGGAUCCCAGGAAUCCGGCCUGCCGCCAACCCAGCAGCCGCCAGACACGAUGACGCAGCUUGUCGAGGCACGCCGGAGGCUGGAGGUGAACUACAGUGGAAGUCAGCUGGCAGCAAAAGCCAAAAAGUGGCCAAAGACAAUGGCGCGUGGGCCUCCACCAGGCGGGCAGCAAGGACUUGUCGCUGGGGCCGGUCCCCAGGCAGCUCCAGGUGGUGGGUUGUGCCCUGCCCCUGUGCAGGUCCAGGCCCCAUCCUCGCCCUCCACCGAGAUGACUGUGAUCGGCUACUGCUACUCCGGGGAGACGGUGCCCUACCGCACAAAGCUCGCCGGCCGAGACAUCACGCUUCGCCAGUUCAAGUCUCUCAUCAGCAAGAAGGGAAACUACAGGUACUUCUUCCGGCGUUCCUGCCAGGAGUUCGGAACCGACGUGGUGUCCGAGGAGAUUUCGGACGACAACGAAGUCCUGCCGCUCUGGGAGGGCAAGAUCUUCGCCAUGGUCGAGCCGAUUGACUGAACAAAGAUGGCCGCCACUGUUGUCGCAUCGUCUCGGUCCCUCGUGCCUCUGACAACGUCGUGCGAGAUCUCAAGAGCGUCAUGCAACCUUGUUUGUGCAAGUCAUACCGCUGCUGCUGCCAAAUCCAUGUGAAAUGCGUGACAAUCCAACGGUUUCACUGUGCUCUCUUUGGUGCUGACUUGUGAUGGUCAUCGUCGUCAUUAUGGUGCCAUUAUUGUGCGAGGUUCCACUACACCGGCUGUGUGUUCACCCCUGACCUUCUAGUGGACACAACCAGGGUCGCUUACAUGUUGUGAAUGAAAAAAAAAGCUGUGUGCCUCCCCUAAUUUUGUAAGCGGCCUGGUGUGCGCCGUGAUUUUGUUGUUAGUGUCGUCGAAAAGCAACCAGCUUACGCGCUGGGGAAGCCGGUGCAAAGAACGAAUGCCGUCUGUGCUGCUGCGUGACGUCCAGUGUUAGAAGCGGCAAUUUGUUUGAAGAAGGAAGACUAAGCCUCCCAUUAUUGGUGUGUGUGUUAAAAAAAUGAUUUUUUUUUCUGCUAUAAUUGUGAUGUUUUACAAACUGGGCAAAAUAGCGACCCCCCACCACCCCCUCAAGACAUCGAACGCUUAACCAUCUCCCACCGACAGCUCUUCUCUGAGUGAAGCUGCUUUUUCUUUAAAAUAUGAUUGGACUGUGCAUUUGACGAAUGAUUGAUACCCUGUCUGCUUCACUGAGAAGGUGAAACUUCAUUUUUCUCGCAGUGCUCAGCGGGUGUGUUUUAUGUGUGCUCGCGUGUGUGUGCGUCGAGACGGGAGGGAAAGUUUUUCAACAACUUGGCUCCUAGUACCGCCCAGCUCACUUCAAGCUACCGCCAUCACAGUUGCCACUGCUUCAGCACUUGUGAAGCCUGUUACAAUUUUUUUGUGCAUUCUGUCGUACAUGUGCCUGCUGCGUUGUGAGGGAGUGUAGAGUUUCCUCUUGACUAACUAAAGGGAAUUGGCGUUGCAAUAGGUCAUCUUCCACGCGAAUUGUGGUUGUACUGGGAUUUGUCUGGAUCCUCGUGCUUUCAGCAGAAAACCAUUCUAGUGGCUCUGUUUACUGAGCUUUAUUGGCCUGAAUUCUUACGUAACCUUAGUAUUAUAUAUGCGGAAGGCAAUAAGACUAAUUAUCAUUGCUUAUUGUUGCAUUUAUAGCGCAAUGUUUUCCUAAAAACAAAGAAUUUGCAAAGUUGCCAAGCUGUUCGAGGCCUGAAAGAUGAAGUUUUGGCAAAUCCACGUGUACCGACCAUCAUUCUCCUGCCGGCCAAACUGCAGUGCUUACAGGUUUUCCAUAAAGACUAGUGCCAGGAUUCCCUGUAAUUUACUUUAUUGGAAACUCUAUGGAAAAGACAGGAGAGGGGAAUAUUAUCAAGGUUAGCCAGGUUUGGUAAGUGGAAAGACUGGAAUGGUAAUUAGACUUACCAUAAGCAGAAGGUUGGUUAGCCAAAAAAAGGAAGGCAAAACCGAGAGGCAGGGGGUUGACACCAUAUACCUGUUAACACUGUAGACACAUCACUGUUAACAUUGUAGAUUUUUGACGGCUUCUGCUCUUGGACGGCUCUUCGUUUGCCCAUACCGUUUCAUGCGUGAAAUUUGGCAAAGAGUUGUCCGACUGACAUUUCCUCUCGCACUAAUGAUUGAGCCUGUUCUGUCGAGAGGAUGAAAACCGAUAAAGUGUAGCAGUACCAUAUUUUAGCUGACUUUGUUCUUUCUCCUGAGCCUCCUCCUAGGUAUGCUGCCGAGAACAAUUGCAGCUGCAGCUGUUUGAGUAGCCAGAGUUAUUAUAGGCAGUCUAGCAGUAAUGCUCAAAAUAUUGUUUGACAAAUAACGGGGAUGUGUUUAAAUAAGAAGAUUUCGUUAAUACGUGAAAGGCAGGUUAUUUUUCUGUGUGUAAAAUGUAAGAAAAACGUGUUGCUUUAGCUAUGCAAACAUGGCAAUUCUAGCUGGCGAAACAAAACGACGUGAUAAGUUGGCGCGCAGCCAGAGGAGGAAAUAUCCUUGGUUAGACGACUGCAAGUUAUCGUGACGGAGUAACUUGCAAACUCUCGGGAUAAUACCUAUGCCUCUUUUACAACAACAAUGCCUCCAGAAAGUAUAGUUAAUAUUUGAAGAAGCGGUUGCAGGAAUGGUAAUGCCUUUCUGAUCACGUUGGGUUAGUGGUGGACAUUCUGAGCGGCCUUGAAAAGUGCUUUCUUCAUGUAAGCUCGAAUAAGCAUACUUAUUUUACUAUAAAAUUAAAUAUUUGGAGAUUUCAAAUGGCCACUAUUUAUAAAUAGCUAUUGAAAAUUUUGGUAAAUUUAUGCUACCUUAGUGCGAAACAGGUAAAUAAUUAGCCUAAUAUUCAAAUGCUAUGGCAUCUAUGCUUUUAUUCUUUUAAUUCAACUUGUUUGAGUGUUGAGGACGUGCUGUUUUAGUAUUUCAAUGGAAUUAUUUUAGAAGCAGGAACUGAUGGCCUGAGAAGUUCUCUGCUUCGAACUGACCUGUAAACUGACAGACUGACUACGGACUGUGGUGUUCUUUUUCUAUUUAUGCAUCAAACUCUUGUUCCUCUCUCCGUGGCCAUGUCAGUGAACUUGGUUACAAAAAUUUUCUCACGUUCGUGACGUGAGGACACUAUGCCAAAUGAAACAGUGCUUCCAGAGGACUUCAGACUUUUUGUCUUUUAUCCCUUAUCAUGGUUGUGCUUUUCCUGUUGCAUCAUCACAUGACUGAUUAUGUGUGGGUGUGUGAUUGCAUGCAUGUCUGCUAGUGGUCUUUUGGUCACUUGAGGACAGUUGUAAGUUUUGUGUGUGUGACCUAACUAUCUGUUAGUUGUAGGUGGUUGAGUGUGGGUUUUCGUUUUUCGCUGUAGGUGAUGUUGCCAAAAAGACACUAAGAAGCACUUUCUUUUAUCUUGUUGAGUUACGCCGCUGUCCUGUUGCACUUUGAGGUGGCCAGAAAACAUGGGAUAGGGUUGCAGGGUACUAACUGCGGGUUGCAUCCAGUAUGUGCCGUUGUUUUUGCGUGCCUUGUUUGUUGGCCAGUUGUGACUGGUGUUGUCGUCGAAGGGUUGUGACCCAACGAGCACGCGUUGUUGUUUACAGUGUUGCUGCAUCAGUGAGCAGUGCAGUUAGGAACUGCACCAUCUUUUGACAUGUCCUACCGAAGUAUGCUGCUGUGCCUCCUGGUGGAGGGUAGUGAAGUAUGGUUGAAGUUAUUGUGAAGGACUGUACCUAACCAUUAUAAGUAGAUAACGAUUUCGUAUUACCGUGAGAGCUAGUUCAACAAGUGCCCCACCAGCUAUCACUAGUAGCCUUGUACCUCCCUCCUAUGCCUCAGCGGGAUAGUAAUAGGUGAUGGUAAUUGAUGUGUAUUGGAAUGCCUAUUGUUUAUUGCUGCAACAAGUAGUGGAGCCAACCAGCAGUGCUGGCAUUCGGUGUUGAGGCAUAAAUGGGGUAUCUCAAAGAGCAGGUUGCAGGCACUGGUAAUACGUCGACACUUCUGAAGGGCCUAUGACCUUGAAUUAUAUGAAAUUUGACUAUGAUGAACUUCGUGAAGGAAUUUACUUGCAUUAUGUGGGUUGGUAAAAUGGGGAGGCUACUGCAGCUUAUGCUUGGUGAUGUUAUUUACUUGCUAAUCAAUUUAAAAAUUUUUUGCUGAUCAACUUGGAGUACGCUUUUUUUUUUGCUCCAGAUUGAAGAAUUCAUAAUUCAAUCGUUGAUCGAAAGCAAGUUUCAGAUUAACACACUCCAUGGUCAAGCUGUCGCUCACUCUGUCAUUGCUGCAUGAAUCUGGCUGAAAUUAAGGGCGCAUUGCAUUGAUUGUUACCUGUUGAGGGGCCAGUUGUUUUUUCAACGCUAUACACAAACAUUACCAGAUUGUAAAAGGAUGUAUAGUUCUGAAGAUAUGACCUCAUGGUCUUUAAAAGCUGCAGCAACAUUAACUGAGGUACUUUGUGUCGAUAGCUGCAUCUGUUUAUUUCCUUUUUUUUUGAGGGGGGAGGGGUUUCUUUAGUGGAAAAGUGUCAGAUUUUCAGUUUGUGCGGUGUCGUAGUGAUAGUAGGGAGUUUCCUUGCCAUGUUGGUACAGCAACAAACUGCACAUUUCUGUUAAAGUGUUCAAUACACAGUUCAAACUACUGCACGAGCUUGAUGCUGCAUCUGGCAAUUUGCGUAGCAAUGAAUUCCCUGUUUCAAUGCAUCUGCUGCUUUGUUUCUGAAAUCUGGGCGUGCGGCGACGUACAAUGCCAUGGAACAAAGCACAACAGGGAAACGUUUGCUAAUAUGGAGUACUAAUUACUAGAGGGAGCACCCAUGUUAUCUCGCUUCAAAUCUGGAUGCCAUAGGUAAUGCAGACUGAAUUAAGCGUACGAGUCAAUCGGCCCAAUGUCUCACAAACUGCAGACACUACAAGUGAAAGUAUCCGCAUUAGGUAGCCAGAAGUUGACGCAUUUCACUCCGCGAGCACUAUACAUUAAAGCUGCCUUGCCCUGCUAACUUCCAUGUGCCUUUUUGUUAAGAACUUGAUGGCUUUUCUUCAUUCCUUUUCUCCUCUUCUUUUCUUUCAAGAGACAGGACUGUAAGCACAUUAACACUUCGAUGCCUCAUUUCAUUCCUUACUGAGAUUGUUUUAUUUGUGCAGUUUUCGCCGUAAGUCAUACCUGUGCUUCUGAAAGUGUAAAACAGUUUACUAUCACGCCCCCCCCCCCCCCUUCCUCUGCAUUUUUGCUUUUUGUGUCAGUGUUUUUAUUAACGGUUAUCAAAGUAAUAGGUCCUACCUUGACUACUACACUUGUAUAAUAAGGGCAGAUUGAGCCCUCGGUUACUGCUUUGUGUUAGUCGAGCGCUUCAGUGAGCGUAGAGCAAAUUGACGUGUAUGAGUAGGCUAUCGCAUUUCAGUGUAAUGUUAGUACCUUAAUUCCUUUAUUAAUUGUUUUGGCUCUGUUUCAUUGUGUGUCUUACUGUAUAACGUGCAACAACAAGGUGUGGUACAAAUUUUUUUUACCGUUCGAAUGCAUAUUGACGUGUUUCCUUGUGGUUCCAGGCAAGCUCUUGUUUGUUUGUAGGCUUUUUUAAUUCUGUGCAGCUAUUAACAGAGAAUGGCAAUGUGGUUGUGUACGCGCAGCACUCUGGUGCCUUUUUGCAUGUUCUCUGCAUCGGUUUUGACUCUUCUCCAGAGGAAAUGGAUGACAAAGCUAUGCAUUGCCCUUGCCCGUCCCAAGUCUUGGAAAGCGUAGACACGUACAAACUUUCACUUGCUUGCUUGGCUUGUUCGUGUUGUCCUAUUUCUGUUUCGGACUGCAUCGACAAUGCCUAUUUAGAGGCUUCCAACCUUUUCUCUUUUUUUUCUCUUGUACAGUUCUUAGGACGAAAUGGAACAUUUCUUUAAAAGAAAAAUUGUGGUCUAUGCAGGGUUCUUAAAAAAAAUGUCCCGACUUUUUGAUGGCAUUACGUGUUUACAACGUAGUACACAAUUAUUGUGUGUGAAUAUGCGUGCAUGCAAGAACUUCUUGAGAAAUGACGUUGCAGAGAAAGUGGUCGCCGCUACAAGUUUGCGGAGUUGUGCAAUUUCACGGUAGUCCUCUGCUCGAUGCCGCAUUGUUGGCUCUUGUGGAAGUGGCAUUUAGAGUGGGGAUGCUGGAUGGCAAUGAACAAGCUCUUACCUUGCAUUUGACCCCCAAAGCAAGCUGCCCAGCCUUGUAUAAGUACUGCCUUGAGCGCGCGCUUCUGCAGAACGUUGGGCUUUCCUCGCGACUUUGUGGCGCACGGUGACACUGGUGCCUCUGUCCUGUUUAUUCUACAGCUAUGACGGGAGGCCUCUCUUGUAAAUAAAAGUUUCAACAUUACGGGUUUUUCUA